AUGAGCGCAGUGCGAUCCACGUCGUCUCUUCGGCAACGCAAAGGCGUGCCAAAUGCCCAGGAUCUUUCGAACAAUUUGUUCAGUGAUGAAGAUUCCGUGUACUGGAUAACUCCUCCCGCGCGCGCCUCCAGCUGCUCCAUCCUUUCACCGUUCUCGGACGGAAUUUGGCGCUUUUUUCGCAUCCUUAGCGCUGUCCUGGGCACCAAUAUCAUGGAGCCAUGGGAGUUCGUGUUUUUGGUAACGGUGUAUACUCUUAUUUUUAUCUGUCUCAUUGUCGCCGCGCGCAGUUUCCCUGCCUAUGCGAAACUUGCACACCGCCGCUUGCACUACUACAUCACCGGCAAUUAA